UGGACGCGAAUGUGGUAACUGAUGGCGACAGAACAAUGAGCCGCUGGCCAGGCCAACUUGAUCUUGUGCCGCUCACUGGCCCAGCGCCCAGAUGACCAGAGACCCAAACUCAAUGCGCUAGACCUUCCGAGACUAUAUGGCGUCAAUGGCAGCCCACGCUGCCUUGGAGAAUAGUCGCCAGGCAGUGGAAGAUCAACUGAAGAUAUGUAGCCACAAGAGGGAUGCUGAUGUCUUUGAGCUGUUCCUUUCUCAAAAAGAACUGACAGAGGUCAUUGAUCUUUCCAGAUUUAAAAACCUAAAAUACUUAUGGCUUCAUCAUAACAAGCUCCAUGGAAUAGCAUUUCUAACUAAAAACUAUUGUCUGACAGAACUAUACCUAAACAACAAUGCAAUAUUUGAAAUAGAAGGCCUGCAUUGUCUGCCUUCAUUGAACAUCCUCCUGCUACACCACAAUGAACUAACAAACAUCGAUGCGACUGUGAAGGAAUUAAAGGGGAUGCUAAAUCUGAAGACCCUAAGUCUAUACCAAAACCCUUUGUGUCAAUACAACCUGUACCGUUUGUAUACGAUCUACCACCUUCCUGGAGUGGAGCUGCUUGACCGGAAUAGUAAGGACACCUCUUCUUGUAGAGAGGCUUGA